AUGGCCGUUUUUAACAUUGUAACCGAUAUCGCCCUCAUCAUUUUCCCGUUUCCCAUCCUUCGUCACGUCAAGCUUGACGGGAAAGUAAAAGCGCAACUCAUUCUCCUCUUCAGCAUUGCUGGUCUCAUUGUAGUAAUUACCAUCAUGCGACUGCCCAUGAUACUGAACCAGGCAGUAUCGCAGAGGUCUCGCUCCAUGACUACCAACGAGGUCACGACUCCCGCGUGA